UCGAAGUCCAUAGACCUUUUACCAUUUGGCUUCUCUCUGUUGUCUUUUCUUUCUUCCUAGUUCCCUCUACAAAUUACUCCAAUCGAUCACUCCAUAAAUCUUCCUUCACCAUGGAUCCACAGGAUUUUUCCACCGGCGGCAGGCCGUCUCCUAGGAGAGAACUACAGGGCCCACGUCCAGCUCCACUUAAAGUAAGCAAAGACUCCCACAAAAUCAAGAAACCACCAGUUGCACCGCAGCUGCACCACCUCAAUCACCCUGCUCCGCCGCACCUUCAGCCCACAGUCGACAACGAGUACCGCCAACCAGUGGUCAUCUACGCCGUUUCCCCGAAAGUAAUCCACACCACAGUCAAUGACUUCAUGAACUUGGUCCAACGUCUCACCGGCCGUUCUCCUCGUCCAGGCAACACCCCAACUGCCGCAGGCGACCUCUCUCCGGCAGCCCGUUUAGCUUCGAUGGAGAAAGCUAGCCCGUCGGAAAGGGAAAAAGAGAGACAGCAAAGGGUUGGUUCUGAUUUUGCUGAAGAUUUGAUGGAAAUUCUUGAAGGAACUAGUUUUGAAAUGGGUCAAAAUCCGGGGAUACUAUCGCCGGCGCCGGGGACUCUGCCCCCCGUUUCGCUUCCGGGACUCUUCUCGCCGGCGCCGGAUCCAUUUUUGAACGGGAAUAAUAUGUUCUUACCAAGCCCAUCAUUCUUGCUUUCUUCACCACUCAUUUCACCAUCCAUUCCUUCGUAUGAUCUCUUCAACACAUUCUUUGACUUUUAGUAUUACUUCAAAAUUUCCUUUCUUUUUUAAUUUAUAUAUUUCUAGCUUUUUUUUUUUUGGGGUAUCCAAAACCCAAAAAUUAGGCUAGUCCAGAUUAGAUUUUUUUUUUUUCUUUUUUUUUUUUUGGCCCCUUUGAAGAAUUGAUUAUUGAUGUACUUUUUAUUAGUCUUGAAGUUUAUGGGAGUAGGAAAUUUCUCCACAAGUAGAUGUAAAGAAUUGAUAAACUAACUCAAAUCUUUUUAGCUAGAAGGAUGGAAAAGUCAAAACAGAAGAAGGUGAAAAACAAAUUUGUUCAAAAGAGAAGAAGCUGAAAACAAAUUUGUUUCUAGAAUUUUUUUUUUUUUGGGGUAGGAGAGGGAAAAGUCAAAAAGAACAAGUAGAAAUUUUUGGUUGCAUAUGCUUACUUUGGCUUUGCAAGUAUGGAUGGGAGAAAGUUGGGGGAAAACUGAAGAUGAAGCUGUUAUUCAAUGAUUCUUGCCACUAGGUUGUUGGUGGGCCAAAUUAGAGGAGUUAGGCUUAUCUUUUUGUACUUCUUUUGAGAGUUGGUUGUAAAAAGCAAAUGAGUUCUGUAUAUGGAAUCUCAUGAUUCAAUGAGAAUUGUAUUAUAUUUUUUUUCUUUUUA